CGGCGGCGGCGGCGGCGGCGGCGGCAGAGGCGGCGACAGUAGCUGGGAGGUAGCGACCUGGAGAGCGACCGGCCGGCUGCCCUCUCGGACGGCCGCGGCGAAAGAGAAAAAUGGCGGAGGCCUCGGCGGCCGGGGCCGGCGCGGGCGCCGCGGUUGCCGCGCACCGGUUUUUCUGCCACUUUUGCAAGGGCGAGGUCAGCCCCAAACUACCGGAAUAUAUUUGUCCCAGAUGUGAAUCAGGCUUUAUUGAAGAAAUGACAGAUGAUUCCAGGGAAUUUGUUUUAUACUCUAUUGAGAGAGAGAGAAGAAAAGUGGCAGAGCGAAGGGGAAGAAAAAUGGGAAAAUUUGGAAAAUUAUGUGAUAGUGGGUGUGAUGAGAUCUACUGUGGCAUUCCUUGGAAACCUCUGUAUCCAUAUCAUAGUAAAUCUGAAUAUAAAGUUGAAGGUCCCUUCCACAACCAGGAAAAACUACACAUUUUACAUUUUUUAGGUGGUGGCAGCAGCACAUCAACACAUUUUGCAGAGUUCUGGGACCAUUUGGACCCCACGAUGUUUUUCCAAGAUUUUAGACCCUUUCUAAGUAGCAGUCUACUGGACCAAGAUAAUAGAGCCAAUGAGAGGGGUCACCAAACUCACACUGACUUCUGGGGACCAAGUCGGCCACCACGGCUGUCAGUGACUCAAAGAUACAGAUCUCGAGGAAGUACUCGUCCUGAUAGAUCCCCUGCUUUUGAAAGAGUACUACAACAGAUCAUUGCAGGAUUCAUUCCUGGAUCCCCAUUUUCUUGGAGCGGGAUGCUGCACUCCAACCCUGGGGACUAUGCCUGGGGUCAGACAGGGCUUGAUGCCAUUGUAACUCAGCUUUUAGGACAACUGGAAAACACAGGGCCUCCCCCAGCUGACAAGGAAAAGAUCACAUCUCUUCCAACAGUGACAGUAACUCAGGAACAAGUUGAUAAGGGUUUAGAGUGUCCAGUAUGCAAAGAGGAUUACACAGUUCAGGAGGAAGUCCGGCAGUUACCCUGCAACCACUUCUUUCACAGCAGUUGUAUUGUGCCGUGGUUAGAACUGCACGACGCAUGUCCUGUAUGUAGGAAGAGCUUAAAUGGUGAGGACUCUACUCAGCAAACCCAGACCUCUGGGUCCUCUGCAAGCAACAGAUUUAGCAGUGACAGCCAGCUACACGACCGAUGGACUUUCUGAAACUAAAGACCGCCUCUGAGCCAGGGCUAUGGUAGACCUCUUAUCACAGCUGUUAAUUGUAUCAAAACAAAAAAAUCGUAGGUGAAUUUAGGAAUCACCUAAGAAACCCCAACCCAUAAUAUUAAUUAAUUGAGUGUUUUUCUUCUCUAAAUUUAAAGUUAGUAUCUACAGAUGGAAUUGUAUCUACAACCAAAUGCCUCUCAUUCUUGAAUUCAGAGCGAUAAUUUUGUAAGUGCGAAACUUAAUUAUGUGGGUUUCCCCUGCCAGAAUAGAAUCAGUUCCUUAAAGUCUAGCUAGGGUCCUGCUAUGUGUCAUGUUACCUUGUGAUGGAUGUUUCCACCUCUUUCUCCAACCUCCACCCUGUCAUUAGUGUACUUUACACUAAAUACAGUGGAACCAGAGCCCUAAAGUCCUGCUGAUAUAAAGUCCUGUUUUAAUUGUACAAAGCCAUCUACUUUUGGCCACAGCCACGAAGUGAGAUCAGAUUAAUUCAAGAAUCUGAGACUAAUGAUUCUUGUUUUUUCUUAAAUUUUCAGAGAGCAAAUCAAAGAAAAAUUACAGUGGGAAGGAGAAAGUGGCUUAUCAUUGUACUCUUUGGUUUUCUCAUUUUUAUUUUUAAAGACUACUUCACAAGAUGCAGCUUCUGCAGAAACCAACCUGACAUGUCUUAGGAGUCUUAUGUUGGGAGGAAUCUGAUUCUGGUUCCUUUUUGGGAAUGAGUUGGGCAGCAUACAGGCACAGAAAGACAGAUGUUUGAAAUCUUUGGUUCCAAGGUUUUUUUAGUGAUCCCCAACUCAUUGUUUAUCCUGGGGACCUUAAAAUAAUUUCCCUCACAGAAAUAGAAUUACUUCAUUACUGCUUCUACAGCUAAAGUCAUUGUUUUUUGUAAUUCACUGGUCUUCAGGAAUUGAGAUUUUAUGUUGUCCCAGUUUAAUUUUUUAAGCCCAUUUAUCAUCUCUGAAACCUUUCUGUUUGCUUGGUUCUGGCUGUACUUGGAGUCAUACUGAUUAUUGUGAUCAUGCCCAAACAACUUGGCCUAGGUGAGGUAGGCCUUCUUUUUUCAGCCUAACAGUGUCCCAUGCACAUGCACAUGCUCUUUGGCGCAUUUAAGUGUUUCAAGUUGAAUAAAUGAAGAAGAUUAAGAAUGUUGUUGGAACUUCAAAGUCUCAAAAAUAAAUGAUGGGGACAUGUAACCACUGUUGGUGCACCAAAAAGGGUGACAGAGGGGCAACAAUGGUAUGGUCAUAUCAGCCCUUCAUAGUUUGGAAUGAUCAGAACAAGAAGGCUGCUCUUUGGUGAGUCUCUCUCGGCUAGGAGUCUUUCCUCGGUUUUUGUUGACUGUCGUACACUGGUUUUGGGGGUGAGGGAUGGGGUUAGAGAUAUCUUUGUAAUUUAGUAGAGGACAGAGGAGUAGGAGAGGGAAGAGAGAAAGUGGGAGAGUUUAAUUUAAUAGCCUGCCUCUAAAAGUUGUGACCAUAAGGUAUGAUUCAGGUUGCGCCCAGAGAGAAUAAAAGAUGUUUUCUCAUAUGCCUUAUGUUAUCCUCUGUAGAGAUCGUUUCUUUGGAGAAUGUGAACUAUUUACUAUGGCUAUUGAAAUGUAGCCCAGAAAUACACACUGGUUUUGAAUGGUGAGGGGUGAUGAGGAUGAAGGGGACAUGGGAGGUAUAUUGUGACUAUUUAAUGGACAUUAUUUAGAUGGAGAAGGCCUAGGCUGAAGAUGGAGCACAUUGUAGUUUUCAAGUGGAACAAUAUCAGCUGUCUCAGAAAAAUGAUGCCAGCCUGGAAGUUUUUAUCUGCUUGUUAGUGUCUGGAGAUGCCAGAACAGGCAGGUGUAUUUUUACUUAACACUAGAGAAGUAGAAAGCAUCUGAGUAGCUUUACAAAAGGAUGCAAACAAAGUGCUGGAGAGGGAUUUAACUUUUCAAUAUACAAAAGAGCAAAUAGCAUCAGUCUAAGUUAUCUGAAAUUUUCUUCACUUUUUUUGUUCUUUUAGACAGAGUGCAUAAGUCUGUUUGCUGUUUCUGAGACCCCUCCUACUUAAUGAAUCUGUAGUGUUUCUUCCUAGAAUAGGAGGCAUCUCAGACUUCCAGGUUAAUUUAGGUAGUGUAUUAGGGUUCUCCAGAGAAACAGAACCAGUAAGGGCUGUGUGUGUGUGUGUGUGUGUGUGUGUGUGUGUGUGUGUGUGUGUAAGGAGAUUUAUUAUAAGGAAUUGGCUCACAUGAUUAUGGAGCCAAACACAGUUUGAUAUAGUUCCCAAGGCAGAGGACUACAUAACCCAGACUUCUCAAGUGUUCAUUCCUUUACAGCUGGAAGGCUUACAGACUCAGGAAACUGGAGCCUUACUAGGAGUCAAGGGAGAGAUGAUUCAGCUUUCCCUCAUUAUCAAAGAGAAUAGAAAAAAGUUGCCAUUUCAAAUACUUGAGGCCUUUACAUUUGCACUAAAUGGCCUACCCUUUGAGUUCCAUGCAUAGAUUAACAGAUUGUUUUCCUAUUCAUGAAUGUCUUUUUUUCUUAUUCUUCCUUUUGUUCAUUGUAAUUUGAAAUAAAAGAGGAAGUAAAACUAUGUUAGCACAUAAUUAGGAGGGACUUGCUAGAGAUUGGUAGACCUGAAAGUUUGAGAGGUUAUGUAGGGCAAUUCCUUGCCGUCCUCCAAGUGAUUAUUGCUUCUUGGGUAGUUUCCAGAUGGGUUAUUCUGGCUGGACAGAACUGGGCAGUUGGGUGGGCAGGGCAGAGUGGUGAACAUUUAACCUAUGUCUCCAACAGAGAGAAGGAAUAAUCUUGGUAUUAAAAAUUAAUUUUCCUGCAAAGUUCCUAUUGCCAGUUCUCUGAAGAGUUGGGAAACCUCAAGUAUCCAGAUAGCUUCCUUAGUUGUCAACAUUUGCUGCAUAACAAUUGAGCAAGUGCUUGUUAAAUGUUUUCCUUGAGCAGUACUGUUCUGGUCCAAUAGUUAGUUCUCAAGUUGGAAGGAAGAUUUGGGGGCAAGAAUUUGUUUCUUCCCCCCGCAACAAGUCUCAGUUGGAUUAAAUAGUUAUUAGGAGAAAAAUUCCUUGUUUGUGUCUUGGUAUUGCACAUUUGUAUAUAUGUGUGUGUGUAUGUAUGUAUAUGUAUAUAUUCAUAGACACAUGCAUAUGCACAUUUCACUCUAGAGGAAGAAGGGAUAUGGUGGGCACUGAAGUAGAUAAAAGUGAGCAGGGGUACAGCAGAGGACUGGAGCUUUAGUCUGAUUCUCUCAUUGUAUGUGCCUCAGACCCAUGUGUUUCUGUAGUUCUCUGUUAUAGGCACUGUUAGCUUGGGCAGGCACCCCAUUACGUGGUGUGGCAAAUGGAUUCACUGGAGCUAAAAGUCUGGUCAUUUCUGAAGGUUGAGGAUAAAUGGCUUUGAGGAAAGGGUGUUCAUCAUCUCUUGUUUCUGUAUUAUAAUUAAUUGAACUCAGACAGUUAUCUAUUAUUUUUAAAAAGUUUUCUUGAUAAGUUAUUGAUGACAAAUUGACUUCUCACAUGAACUUCUGCAUGCUUCAGUUUCGUUCUUCCUGGUGUCCAAGUCCUAUUUCCUCAAGGAAUACAGAUAUAUCAGACUUAACAAAAACUAAUCAGGAGGGGAUCAUAGUUUGUCUGUUUUAAACAACAACAAAACAGCCCCUGGGGUUUUGGGAGGUGAAGGGUACCUCAGAGUUGGUUGUUAGAGUUCAUCUAGGCAGGCCACUGACAUCUGUGAAGGAAAACAGAUUUUUAGGAGGAGAAGGAACAGGGCUGGUGAAUAGAUAUUUGGAUGUUAGGAAAAAUCCCUCUUUGGUCUCUGUGGUAGAGAGGUGGAAAGAUAAAGGUGCUGUUUACAAGAAUAACCCAGUGGAGAUUUGGGAGUUUGCGGGGGGACUAGCAGGAGAGAGUACUCUUACUGAGAGUUUCCAAAAUGAAUCUAACAUAAGUUCUGAUGUAGGGAGUUGGGGGAAAGAUUUGGUGGGGUAAGCAUAUCACAGGUGUCUAUCCUAUGGUGGGAAAUUAUAGCUUGCAGUAAUGUCAGCAUCUCAGCACUCAGGCUGGGAACCCCAGGUCUGCGCCAUGGGUUUAAAAUGGAAUGUGUAGAAUACAAUGUGUACAACUGGAGAUCUUUUCCAGGAUCAAGACAGGAUCAAAAUGUCUUAGGUAAUAGACGUUAAGAGGUUUUGCUCUCUCAUAGCUGCCAGAUAAGUGGAAUUACAGGCACUCAACUCUUUAAUUUUAUACAUAUAAACUUUGUGUUUUACCAGAUUAUAUUUAGAUGGUGUCCACAGAAGUGGAGUCUAUAUGCUGCCUUUCCUCUUUCACCUGAAACACUUAUAUCUGUAAAUCAUGAGAUGUAGGCUUGUGGUUCUUUACCUUUUCUAAUAAGAUGUACUUUUUUUUUUUUUUUUUUUCCGGUACACGGGCCUCUCACUGUUGUGACCUCUCCCGUUGCGGAGCACAGGCUCUGGACGCGCAGGCUCACUAGCCAUGGUUCACGGGCCUAGCUGCUCUGCGGCAUGUGGGAUCUUCCCGGACCGGGGCACGAACCCGUGUCCCCUGCAUCGGCAGGCGGACUCUCUACCACUGCGCCACCAGGGAAGCCCAAGAUGUACCAUUUUUAAGGUCCCCAAAUUAUUAGACUCGCUCCCAAGAAGAUUAUAGUUGUAUUUUUAGUAUCUUUUGAUGGAAAAAACAGAUAGCGAAAAGCUGCUAUGAUUUCAGUAAUACUUUUAAAUCAGUUUGUCUUUAUUAGUCACACCAGAAUCUAUAUCCAGUUGAAGUACAGUAUAUACAUAUUUGUAAGAUAUAUUAUUUAUUCAGACUGAAGAUAAUGCUUACAUAGACCUCUUAAAAUAACUACAUGGCCUCACAGAGGUUCAAAUUCCUUGGGUUGUGAAUCAUUCAUAUAGAUUGAGGUUUAAGAUGUGUGUCCAGAAGUCUACCUAUUCAUGCAUGGAAAUUUAUAGACUUAUUUGAAAUCAGUGGUAUCAAUACACUUUGAAAGCCAAGAUAUAAGUAUUUCAAAUUUUUGUUUAACCAUCUUGAGAUAAGCAGAAUAAAUAAAAUAAAUUGUUUAGAAGUGGGACUCUUGACUUACUGUUGCUUUGUUUAUUCUGCUUAGUUCAAGUCAGAGCUAGUAGUCUAAUGCUCUUGAAUGUCUUGAUAAACUUGGCCAGCAAUCAUGUGUCCUUUCUGCAGAUUUUUUAUGUAGACUAUAAUUAGCAUAAUAGCACAAUGGAUAAAACCUUUUCUGUAGUUGGACAUGGCUUCUUUGUGAGACUUCCAGUGAUUGUAUAAUAUUGAGUGGUUUCAGAAGAGUCUUUGAAUAGUGAAAAGUAAAAGACAUCUCCACUCAUGUGAGCUUAAAAUUUAGUUAGUUAGAAAAACAAAACUAACACAUAAAACAGGUAAAGAUUAAAGUGAGUGUAGUACAGUGGAGAAAGCUUUGGAGACUUCUGAGUCAGAAUUCAAGUGGUUCUGGGUUUAAAAUCCAGAAUCUCAUUUGAUUCUCAGAGCAGUCUGUGGAAACAGAAGAUAGAGUAGGAAAUACCACAUUUUACAGAUAAGUAGCAUCUCAAAACUUCAUUUAUUUGCCCAAGGACAUGUAGCUGGUACGUUGCAGGGUCAGAAUUUAAAUCCAGAUCUUUUGACUCCAUGCCUAGUGUUUCUACCUCCAUAAGACACAAAAUCCAAAAUCCUCAGUUUGAGGUUCAAGGCCAUCACCAAUAAGGGUCUUACCCAUCUCUCAGCCUUCUGUCUCUCUGGUCCCACAAACCUUAGGUCCCCCAUUUGGCAGGUCCUGGCCAAGGAUCACAGGUAAGGUGUCUGUUUCCCUUUGAUGGCUUGCCAUUUAGCCCCAGUUAAAUUGUCUGUGUUUCUACCUCUUUAUUCAUGUAGUUCCUCCUAGCAGGAAUAUCCUGCCCCCACCUCUCUGCUUAACUAAGACAAGAGGUUAUCUGUCCAAAGAGACAAGAGGAUUUAUGAAUUUAGAGAGAAAAGAAAAGGCUGCAGAUAUUGCUUUGACAUUUACUUAAAAAAAGAGAGAAAUGACCAGAGAGGUUGACAAGUACUUAGUUGAAGCUAGACAGUUAAGAUCUGUGGUGCACCUGGUCUGCACAAAUCUUCCUUUUCCUCCAGCACUGCUAUGUGGAUGCCGUUCAACACCAGGGUCUCUUCGUUUCCUCAUUUUCUGCCAAGUCAAUUACUGGGUCUGGUGCUCUUCCUCUCCUAUCCUACCUGUCUUUGCUUGUUUCCUCUCUCUUCCCUUAACAGUGUCAAAUAAAAAUUUCUUCCAAAAACAUUGGUGUUCUCAUUUUAUUUGACUCACUUGUUUAUUUUACU